UGUUAGACCACUGUCUGUGUUUACAAACUUGCUUGAGCAGCAAUCAUGUCCUAUUUAGCUCACACUUAAACUUUUAUUUUCUUAAUUAUAUGAUAUUAAAUUUCGUUCAGAUUUUUAACAAAUAGUUUCGUUCGGUUUACAUAUUUUACUCUACUUGAAAGAUCAAGAUGGGCAUCCCGAAAUUCUUCAGGUGGAUCAGCGAGAGGUAUCCCUGCCUCAACGAACUGAUCCACGAGCAUCAGGUUCCCGAGUUUGACAACAUUUACCUCGACAUGAACGGCAUAAUUCACAACUGCUCGCACCCGAACGACAACCACAACCACCGCAUCACGCAGACCGAGAUAUUCAAAGGGAUUUUCGCGUACAUUGAGCGUCUGAUCGGAAUGGUGCGUCCUCGUCAACUCAUCUUUUUCGCCGUCGACGGCGUUGCGCCGAGGGCUAAGAUGAACCAGCAGCGCGCCCGUCGCUUCAGGGCGGCCAAGGAUGCUGCUUCUCAGGCCGAGAGGGAGAAGAAGAACAAUGAAAAGAUCGAGGGCAGCGGCGACCGCUUUGACUCGAAUUGCAUCACGCCUGGCACCGAAUUUAUGGUGCGGUUGCAAGCCCAGCUCGAGUAUUUUGUGCAGCUUAAAAUGAGCACUGACCCAAUUUGGCAAAGACCUCGAAUUGUCCUCUCUGGUCAUGAGGUGCCAGGCGAAGGCGAGCACAAAAUCAUGGAUUACAUUCGGUACUUGAAAGUGCAACCUGAGUACAAUCCAACAACGAGGCAUUGCCUGUACGGUCUUGACGCGGAUUUGAUGAUGCUCGGCCUGUGCACUCACGAGCCAAAUUUUUCGCUGCUCCGUGAAGAGGUGAAAUUCUCGUCGCAAGCCCAAAAAACGAUAGCUUCCCCAGCCGAAAUUCGAUUUUUCCUGCUGCACUUGUCACUCUUCCGCGAAUAUUUGGAUUUGGAAUUUUCCAUGCUGAAACACUCGCUGAGUUUCGGCUACGACCUGGAGCGCAUUAUAGAUGACUGGAUCAUCAUUUGCUACCUGGUCGGCAACGAUUUCCUGCCGCACCUGCCGAGCUUGCACAUCGCUGCCGGCGCCCUGCCGCUCAUGUACCGGCUCUACAUGAAGGUUUUGCCGACGCUAGACGGCUACAUAAACGAGGCGGGAACAAUAAACAUGGACAGAUUCAUCGCGUUCAUGGACGAGCUCGGCCAAUACGACUUUGAAGAAUUCGCAAACAUGAACCCUGACGUGGAAAUGCCUGAGGAAAAAUAUAGCAAGAAGAAGACUGACGACCUGGCCAGCCUGCUGGCCAGCACAGACUUUUUGGACGAAGUGGAGGAGGAGGAUGAGGCGUGCCAGGUCUUCAGCAAACACCCCACAAGGGAGCUGUCCAAGGACACCCUACACUUGGAAUUUUACCAACACAAACGGCACUACUACACGGAAAAAUUGAAUUAUGCAAAAGUUACAGAGGAGAAGCUGCAAGACCUGGCCGAAGAGUAUUUGCGCGGCGUGCAGUGGGUGGCGCACUACUAUUACGAUGGGGUGGCCUCAUGGGCGUGGUACUACCCGCACCACUACGCGCCGUACGCGUCGGACGUGGCGGCGUUCGCCAUCAGGCCGAGCAAAGGGUACCACUUCAGCAAGGGCACCCCCUUCCUGCCGUUCCAGCAGCUGCUUGGCGUGCUGCCGGCCGCCAGCAGGGUGCUGCUCCCUCGCGCCUACCACCCGCUCAUGCUGAUGCAGACCUCGCCGCUCAAGCAUUUUUACCCUGAGGACUUUGACACCGACCUCAACGGCAAAAAGCAGGACUGGGAGGCCGUCGUGCUUAUCCCCUUCAUUGACGAAAAGUUGCUCUUGGACGCCAUGGCCACCGUCGAACACCACCUCACCCCUGAGGAAGUGGCAAGGAAUCGACACAGCAUUGCCAUCGAGUACACUUACUCUCGUCACUCGAUCGGGCCCGUGAAAGCGACCGAGUAUUUCCCCAAAGUGGCCCGGAAUCACGCUAUAGCCCAGCCGGUGCCCGAUCUGAACGUUGCGCCCCAUUUGUUGGUGAAGGGCCCGUGUCCGCGGAUCGACCGCAGCUUGUUUGUGCCAGGCUUUCCCACGUUCCGCCACAUUGAGUUCACGACGCGGCUUGAGUCGAUCGGGGUGAAGGUUUUCGACUCGCCGGCGCAGAAGGACCGGCCGACCAUGGUGCUCAGGUUGAAGCCGAUUGCGCUCAAGAGCUCCGCCGACUUCCAGCACCUGCUCGGCACCUCUGUGUGGGUGCACUAUCCGCACUUGCAAGAGGCAAUCGUCGAGGCUGUCGUCGACAGGGCGCAAACGCUGACCCUGAGCAAAGCGAACGGAAACAGGGAAAUCAUCGAGGCCAGCACUGAAGAGACCCAGUUUGUCAGGGCAUCAAAGGAUAUUUUAGAAAGGUACUAUGGAAGGCUAGGGAUAGUUGUUGGAGAAAUAAACGUGGUGUUGAAAGUGCGCAUUCUGGAGGGCAGGACGUUUUCCUACUCGGUUCACGGAAAGGUGACCGUCGAGAAAAAGUGGGCCGCAGUGGAGGAGAGUUUCGCCGCGCAAACUGUGGUUCCAACUCUCAAAGCUUUAGCUCCACAAAUUUCUCAGUUCGAUUCCGUACACGAUGUUUUCAAGGUGGACUCUCUUUGCUUCCUCACUCACGCCCAGAACUACGGCUACCCAGCCAAGGUUUUGCCGCCAAAUAAACCAAACAGAGUAAACGUGGAAGUGCAAAUUCCUCAAGACCCGCCUCUCGAUAAAAUGCUGAGCACGAUGGAGGCUAACAGUAUGGCCUAUCUGCCAUGCAUCAAAGUGUGCCGGUUCGUGGGCCUGCCCGCCGCCACGGUGUCCAAAGUGACCGGCGUGCUGCUGAUGGCGAACCCGAAGGAGCCUCGCAACCGAAUAAACAUCGGACUGGGUCUGAAAAUGCACAUGCAGAACAAGGCGGUUCCGGGUUACGCCAAGAGGGACAACAACGAGUGGAGCUACUCGCAGAAGGCGGUCGACCUGCUGCGCGAGUACAUUCGCCGCUUCCCCGAGGUGUUCAGCUUCUUGCAGUGCAGCAGGGACAGGCCGCAGAACAGAAACGAGUACAUCAAGUCCACAGACAUCUUCACCCUCAACUGCGACGAGCGGCUGGAGGAGCUGAAAAAGUGGCUCUCAGAGCAGGCCGGCAGCAGGAUGGACGCGAGGAAGUGCGACUCCCUCGCGCUUGAUCCGCUUGACGUGCUGGCGCUCGAGAAAAUGAUCAGUCAGUGGAGUGCACACAAGGUCGACGCAUGCACACGCAAGCUUGAGCUUGAUCCUCAGUUUUUGUUUAAGCCUGUGAUGGACUUUGGGCCAGUCAUAGUGGACCCCACAGUGGAAUUCCUCUUGCUGGACAGAGUGGUCUGCGUUCGAGAGGACUUUUCGGUGCCUCUGGGCCUCAUGGGAACUGUCAUAGGUAUCGACAUGGAAGAGGGGAGCAAGCCGAAGGUUCAGGUUCUGUUCGACAAGGAAUUCGCUCAGGGACAGGCGUCGUGGGGGUGCGAGCAGAGACGCUGCUUCUGCCUGAGCAAACCGGACGUGAUCAACCUGAGCCACGGGCGGCGCAAGCUGCUCGCCAAGCCGGCAGCGCCGUCGCCGAGCGCCAAUGCGUGGACGCAGCGAGAGUCGAUGCGCUCCGCCUUUGCCACCGUGCAGAAAGACGGACGCAAAUCCGGCACGCCGACGCCCAAGCCGCCCAGCCCGCAGUCCUUGCCCCUGCCCAACGACUCGGACGUCAAAAUCAGAGCUUUUUUUACGAGAGCACUAACCCCAAGCUAGACAACAAGCUUGGACAAAUUUUUAGCAAAAAAACAACUUUUUCUUCGUUAAAAGCAGCGAUAGGCCGAUUAGAGAAAAAAUGUAUUUUGAUGAAAAAAUAAACGAUCUUAAUCGAAUAA